ACUUUCGCUCGCGCUGCAGCUUUGUGUUUCCUGUUUACGGGCGGGAAGAGUGAACCUGUGCUUCAGCCUGUCGUGCAUUACAGCUCAUUUCUAUCGCUAUCUUUCCCGGUUCGCCUCUGGAUUAUUUUAGCGCUUUUAACUCCUUUUAUUAAUUCUCCUCAGACGCCCCGUGCGCUCCGCCGCGUGUCUCUGGCGGAAGUUUGAAGCUCUGAUGGAGGAGCCUGCAGACUCCGGCGGCGGCGCGGCAGCAGAGGGCCCCGCGGCGCAGGUGACGGAGAUCCGCUGCCCCGCCGGAGCGCGUCCUCUGCGGCUGCUCGAGUGGAAGGUGAAGCCCGGAGCUCUGGUGAACGUGGACUCCGUUAUCGCGGUGUGUGCGCCGAUCCCCGCCGAAGGCGAGUGCAGAGCGGCCGAGAGGAAGCUGAAGUCGGACCGCGCUGGAGUUGUGCGGGAACUGUGCGGUCAACUCGGACAGGUCAUCGCGCCUGGGAGUGUGAUAGCAAAAGUGGAAGAAUGCAGUCAUCCCAUUGUAAUGAAGGGCUUGUGUGCCGAAUGCGGCCAGGACUUAACUCAACUACAGAGCAAGAAUGGAAGGCAGCAGGCGCCCAUCUCUACGGCGACCGUUUCCAUGGUGCACAGUGUUCCCGAGCUGAUGGUCAGCUCAGAGCAAGCGGAGCAGCUUGGCCGAGAGGACCAGCAAAGGCUUCACAGGAACAGGAAGUUAGUGCUGAUGGUGGAUCUGGACCAAACGCUGAUCCACACCACUGAACAGCACUGCCAGCGCAUGUCCAACAAGGGAAUCUUUCAUUUCCAGCUGGGACGGGGGGAGCCUAUGCUUCAUACACGACUGCGGCCUCACUGCAAAGACUUUCUAGAAAAGAUCGCCAAACUCUAUGAGCUGCACGUGUUCACCUUUGGCAGCCGUUUAUACGCUCACACCAUUGCAGGUUUUUUAGACCCUGAAAAGAAGCUCUUCUCUCAUCGGAUCAUGUCUAGAGAUGAAUGCAUUGACCCCUUGUCUAAGACAGGCAACCUCAGAAAUUUGUUCCCCUGUGGAGACUCCAUGGUGUGCAUCAUAGACGACCGAGAGGACGUUUGGAAGUUCGCCCCCAACCUCAUCACAGUGAAGAAAUACAUCUACUUCCAGGGCACCGGUGACAUCAACGCCCCACCGGGCUCACGAGAGGCCCAGAUGGUCAGAAAAGGUAACCAGGCUGGUCGGCCUGCAGAGAACUUGGAAUCGUCAGGACAGGAGGAACAGAGAAACUCAGGAAAAUCCAGCAAGGACCGAAAAACUGGGCAUGAGGAGUCAUCCCCCUCUGCCACUGCCACUCAGGGAGCAUCAGCCAAUGAGAGGACUCACCCCGCAGGGGAACGGCCCACUGACAGCACAGAUUUAAAUGACAAGUGUAAUGUGACAGCGGAGGGGGAGGGCAGCUCAGGUGUGACGUGUACCUCAGGUGAGACAGACAUCCCAAACGCUGACGCUGCUGCCAACGACCUGGAUUUUGACCUUUCCAGCGACAGCGAAAGCGAGGGUAAAACGGGAUUAUCUGACAGCGAUGGCGAAGCCAAACAAAGCCAAACAAAAACAGAGGAGUGUAAAAGCAAAGAGGAUGGUGGGGAAGAGGACAAACAGAGGACAGAGGGGGACGGUGUCCCAGAAACAGAUCCCGAGGAUCUCGGUGAUUUGGGCAACGGCUGUUCCGACAAGAAAGAAGUGGAAACGGAGUCUCAAAACAGCGAGCAGUCAUGCGUCACCAUGGGUGAGGAGUCUUUAGAUCACAGUAUGGAGGAUGAGGACGAUGAGGAAGACAUUGACCAGGACGACCACCUGAUUUACUUGGAGGAGGUUUUGGUUCGCAUCCACAGUGAGUAUUACUCAUGCUACGAGGCCUUCCUCAGGAAAGAGAGUUCAGAGAGUCCGGACAUACGGAAGAUCAUUCCUGAACUGAAGGGCUGCGCGCUGGCGGGCACCACCAUCAUCUUCAGCGGCCUGUAUCCCACCAACUACCCAAUGGAGCGCACGAGGGAGUGGUACCACACCAAGGCGCUGGGUGCCAAGCUUGGCAAGACCCUGGUGCUCAAUGCCAAAGACCCAAACCGCACCACUCACCUUAUUGCUGCACGCGCAGGUACCGAGAAAGUUCGUCAAGCUCAGGGCUGUAAACAUCUCCAUGUGGUGAAUCCUGAAUGGUUGUGGGCCUGUUUGGAGCGCUGGGAGCGAGUCGAGGAGCGACUCUUUCCUCUCAGAGAGGACUAUAACAAAUCACACAGGAGCAAUAGUCCCGCCAUGUUUCCAGACAUCCCCGGGUCUUUCCUGAAGCCUCUGUUCCAGGCCCCUCCUGUCCAGCAGAAGCCCCUGCCAGCGCCGGAAAUGAGGACAUAUGACCCCGUCACUGGCAAACUGAUCCGCCGGGGUCCUCAGGCCUCCCGUCCACCCUCUUAUCUGCACUCGCAUGGAUCGUCCAUGUCGGCCAAAGGAGAUCUGUCCAGCCUCAGGUCAGCUCAGGGGUCUCAGCAGACGGAUGAGGCUGCAGGAUCGAGUCCUGAUGAUGAGCAGCCAGGACCUUCCCGCAGGAAACGACAGCCCAGCAUGUCUGAAACCAUGCCGCUCUACACACUCUGCAAAGAAGACCUGGAGAGCAUGGACAAAGAGGUGGAUGACAUCCUCGGGGAAGAGAGUGACAAUGAAAGCGAGGGAAAAGGGAAAGAGGAGAGGAUGGAGGUAGAGGAGGAGGACGAGGAAGAACAGCCCCACACGAGCAAGCAGAAGGCCCCAGCAUCAGAUCACGUUCCGCCACUGGCCGCUGUUGUUGAGGAAGCAGCCCAAACAUCGACCAGAGAAGAAGUCUGUGUAGCGGGGAAUGCGCCAAGGGGCCACAAAAGAAAACUGGAGGAGGCCAGAGAAGAUAACGACGACGAUGAUGAUGAUGAUGGCGGCUCCAGUAAAGACUCCAAUGAGGAUGAGGAGGGCAGCAGCUCGGAGGCUGAUGAGAUGGCUGCUGCGCUGGAGGCGGAGCUAAAUGAUUUCAUGUGAGCUGAUUGGACGACGAUGCAUAUGAACUAUUCUGUGUUCUCAUAAGGUACCAGAGAUGAAACAUGCAUUCGUGUCGCUGUUAUACAGCGCAAGUAAAUGUGUGUGUGUGUCUGCGAGUGUGUGAGAAUAAAACAAAGGGGUUUACAAAGUAGAUAGAUAUGUACAGAUAGAGUUUUAGUAGGGAUAAGUCCAACACAAAGUCAUUUUAUUGUGAAGUUACUUAAGAGUACAUAGCGGUGUGGGAAGUAGAGCUUCUGUGUCUGAUGUUUUACUUAGUUUCUGUUCCAAAAUUAGUUUUUAUAUAAUUGUAAAUGAAGUUAAAUAUUUCAACUAAUUGGUAAUGAAUGCCAAAGAGUCUGAAGAGCUCUGCUUAAGGACCCCUCAGAAGACUUUCGGAGGGGUUUGUGGUCCUCACCAGCAGUAGAAAUCAGACGUCCGAAUGUGUCCGGUGUCGUCUCUUUCCUUUGGUUUUGUGCGUCGCCCUGUGCUGUUGACGCCCCUGUGUGUGAGACUGACACUGUGCUGCACCAAUCCCAGAAUACCAGCAACCUUUAGACACGCCCACAGCCACUAUUACCAAAAAACCUCACAACUGCUAUGUGAAGAACUGAUAAGAACGUGAAAUGUAAAAUCAGUAAUACACUUGCAACAGACGAUUUGACUUACACCAUUAUGGUUUGCGACUGAUUUAUUACGAUAUUAAAGGAGUAGUUCACAAAAAUGACUUGUAAAGUUCUGUCAUCAUUUACUCACUCAUUGCAAACCAAGAAACAUAUGAGAUAUUAAGUAGAAUGUCUGAGCUGCCACAGUCCAAAUUUAACACCAUAAAAGUGAUCCAUAUGACUUGUAUGUCCAUAUUUCAUGUCUUCUGAAAAAGCUUUAUGUGAGGAAAAUACAGGAAAGUCAUUGUUUACUUCAAAUGUAGGGCUUUUGAUGCAAGUUUGACAUGAAAUUUGAUAACAAGACAAUAGAUAUUAAUGAUAUCAAUGCAUUGUUUUAAUAGUCCAUAUUGCUUUUUAUAGCUUGGUGGAGUGAAAGAUUAUCAGUUUGCUCCUCACGCAAUGAUAUCAUAUUGCUUCUAAAUACUUUGAAAGGCGCUUAUGAAUCACAUGGGCCACUUUUAAUGCCUUUGUUCAUCUUGGAGCUUGAUGUUAUAAAUCCAACUUUUGUUGUAGAUAAAAGAGCUGCUCGGGCAUUCUGCGUCUUCUUUAGUGUUUCGCAAAAGAAAGAAAAUUACACUUUGGAACAACAUGUGCUAGUAAAUGAUAACAGACUUGUCAUGUUUGUGUGAACUGUUUCUGUAACUACCUACAAAUUGAUACUUGUGGUCUUUUCUGCUCCUAAGAUGACAAUUAAAUGCCACCUUUUACUCUGAUGUCAGCGUACAGAUAUCGUCAUCUUCAUUUGGCUUCAGGUGCUGAUAAGUGAACACUGUGGCAGCAUUAAACCGGGUGUUUGGUUGGCUCUCGCGCCACCCUGAACCAUCACUGUACACACUGAUCAGAUCUGGACCCGUGGGCAUCAAGACUACCUGUCUAAGACCAGUUUCAUGAAUUCACUGGUUCAAGCUGGUUUUCUUGUGUCGAGCUGAUCUAACUCAGUUUCUCAGAGGUUUGUGCACCUCAUCUCUCGUGUUGUUUUUGACUGAUGGAUUUUUUUCACUUUCAUUGUGGUGUUGUUUUCAACAAUGUAAAGUAUUUGUAUAUUCUAUUUCGUACUUGACAAAGAAAAUGCUUUUCAUUUAAUAAAGAUUUGUUUUAUAAACCAGUACU